ACCGCGCUCUAGCCAAAAUGAAGGGUGUGAAGUUUAGGGAUAACUUCGUGAAGCUGAAGGAAGAGGGACCAAGAAACGCAACGACGACAAAUUUCUACGGAUCAUAUUUCUUAUCCGAAAAUGAACACAUGUUUGAUAUAAACGAAUUUGAAAAAAAUCUCGAAAUGAAGAUGCAUAAAAAUGAAGAAAAUUUGCUAAUCCUGGAAGUAAAAAAUUUGAACGUAUCCAUUGCAAAUGCUUUGAGAAGAAUAAUGUUGGCAGAGGUACCCACCAUCGCGAUAGAAAAAGUGAACAUAUUUCAAAACACGGGAAUCAUUGCUGACGAAAUUUUGUGCCACCGUUUGGGAUUAAUCCCAUUUAAGUUUGACGCUGAUUUGAUCAACUUCAAAGAGGAGUACGAAAAAUAUAAUCACCUAAAUUGUUUUUGUUUUAAACUGCAUGUGAAGUUUACGAAAAAAGUUGGGAGUAGCGAAACUAGCCAGAGCAUUUACUCUAGGGACCUAAAAUGGUGCCCCAUUAAUGAACAACAAAAAGCACGAUUUCAGAAAAAUCCACCCAGAGUUGUCGAUGAUAAUAUAUUGAUUACAAAAUUAAGUAAUGGACAGGAGAUAGAAUUGAUUUGCUUUUUGGAGAAAGGGAUUGGGAAGACUCAUGCCAAGUGGUCUCCUGUUUGCACUGCCGUGUAUAAAAUGUACCCUGCGUUUUCUUUUAAUACAUGUGAGAAGCUUACCAAGGAAGAAAAACACGACCUGGUAAGCAUUUGCCCAAAGAAUGUCUUCGAUGUUGAAGACAGUGAUACCUUAGUUGCCAAGAACCCCUUAAAUUGCUCAUCCUGUAGAGUGUGUAUAGAGAAGUACCCCAAAAAAAUUUCCUUCGAAAAGGUCAAGAAUCAUUUUAUUUUCACCAUCGAAUCCACGGGCUGCUUCUCUUCGGCUGACAUUUUCAGGAAGGCGCUCCUCAUCCUGAAGGACAAGGUGGUCAGCGUCAAGGAGGUGUUGGAGGACCAGACUAAGACCU